UGUGUCUGAGUAGGAGAGAGCUAGAGAGUAAGACAGAGGGAGAGAGCUUUAGCCUGGCUUUUCUCUGCUGUGCCUUUCAGCUCCUCUCUCACUGUAGAAAGAGGCGUGUCCAUGGACCAGUAUAAAGUCCAAGGAGAGCCACUCGUGUUGAGCCAUUCUCAGGAGCGAGUCCUUUACACUGCACACCAGCAAGAGGAGGAAAUUGCAGCUGUUACUUAAAACGCUGCCUUCUGAUGACCUGCUUUGCGUUUGGACACUUGUAGACCAGAUUUUUUGGGGUUUCAUGAGACGGCGGGCGAGCCUCUGGACUCAAACUCGAAGAGAGAGCAAGACUCACCUGAACACAGUGGUGGAUAUCCUUCCUGCAACUGUUCAUUCCAACACAACAAAAAGUAGUUCUUAUCACCACUACAUUCGCCAGCCGAGCAGAUCACGAGCAGGCUCCAAUUUCUGCGCUGUGAAACUGAAUCAGAGGAACUGAGAGGCAAUACAGCAGAGGCAUUGUAUCCCUGCAAUUGAAACACUAACCAGCUGACAAUAUCAAAGACCAUCCUGGACAAAGCGCUCCUCUCAGACCUCCCUUGUUAGCUCUAAAAUCUGAUGUUGAAGUAGAAAGUCAUCAAAAGCUGCACAACACUCAGAGGAGAGGGAAGCAAAGGGGAGCGUACACGAGGGCAAGGGAUUGCGUGCAGGUGCCGGGGCUGCCAUGGUGCGUGGAGGUGGCGUGGCAGUAGCUCCGUCCUGCUGGAGCCUUUGGGCAUUUGGCGCCCUGUCGCUGGUGGCACUGUGCUUGUCGGACCAGGCCAUCCGCUGCCCGGUGUGCUCUGAGGAGAGGUUGGCCAGCUGCCGUCUGCCGGAGGGCUGCGAGGAGACAGUGAGGGAGCCAGGCUGCGGCUGCUGCCCCACCUGUGCCCUGGCAAAAGGGGCUCACUGUGGCGUCUACUCGCCCCGCUGUGGCACGGGCCUCCGCUGCUACCCGCCGCGUGGCGUGGAGAGGCCACUGCACUCGCUGAUGCACGGCCAGGGGGUGUGCACUGAUGAGAGAGAGGUGGAGGAGAACUCAGCAAUGGAGAGGCAGGAUGAGAUCAUCCCUGAGCACCCAAACAACAGCAAUAUCCGGUGCAGUCCACAGGACAAGCGCUGCAUACAGAAGACCCUGGCCCGACACCCUCCAAAAUCCACAAAUCAGAGGAGCAACACUGCCAGGGAGGAGACCAAGGCGGCGCUGGCUCCAUGUCGUGCUGAGCUACAGAGAGCGUUGGACAGAUUAGCAUCAAAUACACGUACACACGAUGAUCUCUUCACGAUUCCCAUACCCAACUGUGACAAGAACGGAGAUUUCCACGCCAAACAGUGUCAUCCUGCACGUGACGGCCAGCGAGGAAAGUGCUGGUGCGUGGAUCAGAAGACUGGCCUGAGGCUGCCGGGUCCGCUGGAGCUGCGAGGGGAUCUGGACUGCCACCAGUUAAUGACUGCUACCCUGAGGGAUUGAGGAGUGGAGUGGCAGUAGGGGGUGCAGGACCAGCUGAAGUCUACUGGUGCUUAUUAGUAGAACUACAUGAGGAAAAGGACUUUGCUCUAAAGCCUCACUUCACCUGAGGCCAAUGGUACUUGAGCCUGCGCAACAAAAAAGGAAACCAUUGAAUUGAGUUCUUUUGCUAUUUUGUUUCUGUGUGUGAGAGUAUGUGAUCUCUGAGUCUUUUGAGCACUUGUUGUGUAUUGUUUCUACGAUGUGAACUUAAGACCGUUAGUCUUUAGACACAUGCGCUUUAAAGUUACAGGUGGCAGAAAAAAACCUUCCAAUAACAGUCGUAGUUGUGAUCUUUGUUAGAGCGAGAAAUGUGUCGUUUUCUCAAGUCUAACUUAAGUAGAGUAUUCUUGAAAAGUAAGAAAAUGCAUUGACCCCACCAGAUAAUCAGACCUGAGAUACAACAGGAGUUGUUUAUAAUAUUCUCUCUGGAGCACUAGAUCAGUUGGAAUCGCUGCAUCAGGACAAUCCAGACAGAUGAUCAAUUAAAGGAUCACGUACUAGUUUUUUCACACAAUUUGUGUAAUUGGUUGUAAAGUGUGGCUCUUAUUUGACUGUCCCAUAUGUCGUAAACCCCACCCAUCUGGUAAGUAGGUUAAAACAAACACGAGUCUAGUUCAGCGACGACACAAGAGUAGCAAUAAAAGAUGGGAUGAGAACAACAAAUACAUAAAAAAAAGAAAUGGGAAACAAAGGAGUGCAACAAUCCCCUGCCUUGAGUUACCAAAUGAUAAGCCAUAGCUUUUCACAACAUCAAGACCAAAGUGAAAAGUGAGAUUAGUUUGAACAACUGUAUCUCUGAAAGGCCAGAGUAGAUUUGCUUCAUCACCCCGUGGUUAACUCUGCUUCCUCUCUUUGCCGACGAGCUCUCUGUAGCAUCGUGGUCCAGAGGGACUGGCAGCGUAGCAGGGCUAGAAACUCUGUACACUGCUGAUAGGAUAAUCUUAUUUCUCCAGCUGGUGCUAAGAUGCCAGUGUGACUUUCAUGUUUGUAUGAAUAUGCUUCAACAUACAGGAUUUCUCUCCAAACAGACUGCUUGGCAGAACUUUGGUGGUGCUAUAUACUGAUUGUGCCAAAAUACACAACAAAAAAAAUGGCUUCUGCACUUUUUGGGCAUUGUUUAGGAUUGGAACAGAAGACUGGGAUUUUCAGGAAGUGGAGCAAUUAGCAUCAGCAAGUGUGAGGAUCACCUAAAUGUGUGACCAUCUGCACUAGCUACUGGCAAUGGCUGCUUUCCAUGUGUGUAUUCAAUGUUAUUGUUAAAACAUAAAAGGAACAUCCCACAUUGGUGCUGCACUAUCACUGCAGCUAACUGGCUGAAUGUUUUAUUGGCCAGCGUUGAACACUGCAGGCGUGAUGUGUCUUAAAUAUACAAGCAGAGUGUAAUAAGCUCCUGGCAGCAUAGCAACACCUAGUUAACAUGAAGCUAUGAAUGGAGGGGUGUAGCAGUAAAGAUAGCUUAAUGAUUAUGUGGAAACCAGAGUUUCCUCUGUCAACCUGGCAGCGAUAGUUCUCAGUUUUCAUAUCGUCUGUGGGGCAUCACACUACUAAUUAAAGGAGUGUAUUACCAGUGCAAAAGACAUAACUACUCAUCUGAUAUUUUAGAUACUGUAGGCGAGACUGGUAAUAUUCUUAUAGCAAUUUGAUUGUACUGGUGGUGUGUAUUAUGAGUUCAGGUGAGAGCAGCAGGUUUAAGCUAAUGCUGGUGUUUGUCACCAGCAGAUAAGGACAGCCUGCUCAAUCUGUCCCAUGGGAGACUAUGGUUAUUAUUAACUCAAGCACAAAUUCAUGUUGUGCAGAUGGACAAUGAUUAUUAGUGACACAGAACGACAUAAAUUUUAGCCUAACAAAUCAUCUGUGUGUAGAUUACGGUGCAGUAACAUCAGAUAUGUUAAAAAUAAAGUAGAUUAGAAUGAGACAGAUAUUCACAGCUACUGUCACACAAUUAAUUUUUAGUUCUUUGUUGGUUUUUGUCUCCACAUUCAAUUUUACCUCAAUGUCAGGUAAGCUUUAAAUAGGACUAUUUGAGCACAACACACCCGAGGUGUGGACUUGAGUCACAUGACUUGGAUUCAAGUCACAAAUUUGAUGACUUUGGACUCAACUUGACAAAACCAAAAGUUGGACUUUUACACCAGUGACUCCUGACUUCACUUGGACUUGAGCCAUCUGACUUGAAAAUACUUGAUAACUACCCCCAAGCCUAAAGAUAAAAAUAUGUUAUUCAAAAAGUGUGCAAUGAAUCAAUUAAUUUCCCUUAAUUUCCUGAAUCAACUAACAUUUACGCAAUUCAUUCCCAACAAGCUGACACUUAAUUCCCUAGAUGUGCUUUGUUUAAACCAAUCAAACAGCAUCAAAUCAAAUUGCAGGACAGAACCAGGAAGAACUUCCAAGAAACUUGUUUUAAUAAAUAAAUGUAAAAUGUAAUAGCUUUCAAAAUGUAACAUGACUUGUUUAGGACUAAAUACUCAAAGUUUAGGACUUGGCACCUGACUUAGGGCUUGAGCUUAAGACUUGAGACUUAAUUGUGACUUACAAAACAAUGACUUGGUCCCACCUCUGCAACACACUAAAGGGAGGUUCAUUCAGCUCCACACAAAAAAUAAAAAGUGCCAUGACACCCAUUAUUAUCAUUAUUAUUAUCAUUAUUAUCAUUAUUAUUAUUAUUAUUACUAUUAUUAUGCAUUUUUUGCACAUUUUUCCACAUUGAAUUUGGUCUAUUUUGUUCCCUAAAAAGCAGUAGUACACAUAUAUAAAUUGUGGGUCAGAGAAAAAUAAAAACCUCAAAUUUUGUUGCCUCUCUCAUUUGAUUAUUGUGCAAGGUAAAGGUAGUAAACCAUGACCUUUAGGUGUAAAAAGUAGUUGCUCUCCCACAAUAAUCUCAAUGCAGCUAACUGUGGACAGUUGAUAUGGGCCAGCCGAUUCCCAGAAUUAAUCUGACAAAUGUUUUCCCUUAUUUCUCUAAUGUAUCAUCAGACGGCACUUAGGGGUGUGAGGGUAAAAUACUUCAUUAUUUGUGCACAGAAAAACUUGGAGGGUGUGUUUAAGUGCACUUUGUCUUCUGCCAUUUUGCAACAAAACUCCCUUAAGAAACUGGAAUAAAAAUCUUUGAAAGAAUAAUCAGUUUUCUGUAGAUGCACACCCUAUAUGAUUCAUCAUAACAACCUAUUCAAUCAAAAAAUUAUCUGAGGUAACUUCUAGUUUUGUCUCUGUGUUGGCCUAGAUAUUCUGUCGUAUCAGUCAGAAAUCCCAGUCACUGACAGGACUACAUACUACGAGGAGUUUAAUCACUGAAACCAGUUGUAAAUUUGCUGGAGACAGUGUAUUGCCACUCCACUUUUACUGGUCACUAAAGAAGAAAUGUUUCCAAAGGUAGAUCACCAGAACACAGACGUGGUAUGGGUGGAGAGUCAUAGCUACAGUUUAAAUAUGUCAGAAACCAAAUAUCCUAAAACUCAUUCCAAAGACUACAGGCAAAGUAUCUGGAGACACCAAUACUCAUACAGUGAACUGCAUGCACACAAAAAAAGUUCCAGCAAAUCCUAUUUUAUCAUUCAUCAACUAAUGAAGUGUAACUAAACACAUUCAGACACAUUUGUUUUUGUUUAUUGUAAUCUGUGAGAGAGAUGGCAAAGGGUAAUGGCUUUGACUUUGUAAAAGGCCUUCUAACUACAUAAACGGUGUAUUUAAGCUAUAGUAUGUUGCUUGAUCUCUAACUUUGCUGUACUGAACUGUAAUUGCAUUUCUCGAGAAUAGACUGUUCCUGUUUGCCUUUGAUAUUAUCUAUUAAUGUGUAGAAGAUAUAAAGUAACGUUUGCAUGCAUACAAUUGGACUGGGGUUGGAAAGAGCGGAGGUUUGUGUAUCUUGUCCAGAAGAGGACCGUUAUACUAAAACACUGAAGUGAUCAAAGAACUGAAAUAUAGAGUUUCAACCAAUUAAAAUGAUCAGUCACAUUGUAAAUGUUUACCUGAUGACAAUGUACACAUUGUAAUACAUCAAUUAAAACACUUUAGAAACAA